AUGUCGUCCAAGAUCGUCCACAUCGAGUCGCCGCAGCAAUUCAGUUCGCUGCUGUCGUCGUCGCGCAUCGUCGUGACCGACUUCUACGCCGACUGGUGCGGCCCAUGCAAGGCCAUCGCCCCCUUCUACGAGCAGCUCGCCAACUCGCUCUCCCGCCCCAACCACAUCACUUUCACAAAGGUCAACACCGACAACCAGAAGAACAUUGCCCAGACAUACAACAUCACCGCCAUGCCCACCUUCAUGGUCUUCAAGAACGGUCGCGAGACUCAGCGCAUCCGUGGCGCCGACCCCAAGGCCCUCGAUGCUGCUGUCAAGUCACUGGCCUCUGAAGCCGAGUCUUCUUCAGCCGACGCCUCAUCGUCAUCCUCGUCUGGCACUUGGAUUGGCGCAUCUCUUCCUCGCGCAUAUUCAGACAUCACCGACAGUGUUGAUCUGCUCAACCUCGACUUCCUCAAUGUCGACUCGGAAGCUGGCAAUGCCCGCGCUGUCUUCAACACUGCUCAGCCCAGCGCAAUCUCAAAAUCAAAGUCGCCCGCCAACAAGGAUUGGAUCGAGAGUGACACCGACGAGCAGCUCAUGAUGUACAUUCCUUUCCAGAGCUCGCUCAAGGUCCACAGUCUUCACAUCACCUCCUUCCCCACCCAAGGUGAUGAUGACAUUGUGCGUCCUCGUACUCUGAAGCUCUACACCAACAAGUCAAACGUCCUGUCAUUUGACGAGGCCGAGUCAAUCCCUUCGACCCAGGACAUCACUUUGCAGGAGUCGGACUGGGAUGCCAAGACCGGUACUGCUAAGGUCGACUUGCGCUUCGUCAAGUUCCAAAACGUCACUAGUCUGGUCAUCUUUGUUGCCGAGGGAGAGGGCGAUGGCGAGAAGACAAGAGUCGAUCGUAUCAGGAUCGUCGGCGAGACGGGCGAGAAGAGGGCCAUGGGCAAGCUUGAGAAGAUUGGCGACGAGCAGGGAGAGUAG